AUGGUCGCAUCUGGACCAGCGGGCCUGCCCUUCCUCAUCAUUGAGACAAGCACCAUCAAGCCUUACCACCGAGGGUUUUACUGCAAUGACGAGAGCAUCAAGUAUCCUCUGAAAACCGGCGAGACCAUCAAUGAUGCUGUGCUCUGCGCCGUGGGGAUUGUCAUCGCCAUCCUCGCGAUCAUCACUGGGGAGUUCUACCGUAUCUACUACCUGAAGGAGAAGUCCCGGCCAGCGAUUCAGAAUCCCUAUGUGGCAGCCCUCUACAAGCAGGUGGGCUGCUUCCUCUUCGGCUGUGCCAUCAGCCAGUCCUUCACCGACAUUGCCAAAGUCUCCAUUGGGCGCCUGCGUCCUCACUUCUUGAACGUCUGCAACCCCGAUUUCAGCCAGAUCAACUGCUCCGAGGGCUACAUCCAAAACUACAAAUGCAGAGGGGACGACAGCAAAGUCCAAGAGGCCAGGAAGUCCUUCUUCUCUGGCCACGCCUCCUUCUCCAUGUACACUAUGCUGUAUUUGGUGCUCUACCUUCAGGCCCGCUUCACUUGGCGAGGGGCCCGCCUGCUCCGGCCCCUCCUGCAGUUCACCCUGAUCAUGAUGGCCUUUUACACAGGACUGUCGCGUGUGUCCGACCACAAGCACCAUCCCAGCGAUGUGCUUGCAGGAUUUGCUCAAGGAGCCCUGGUGGCCUGCUGCAUAGUUUUCUUUGUGUCCGACCUCUUCAAGACCAAGACGACACUCUCCCUGCCUCCCCCUGCUCUCCGGAAGGAAAUCCUUUCGCCUGUGGACAUUAUUGACAGGAACAAUCACCACAACAUGGUGUAG